AGUAUUUAAAAUUGAGAUUUUGGUAAAUUUGCAAAAGCGAUACACGGUAACACUACGUAUUUUGUUGCAUUGCUUUAUUAAUGUUUUAGUCUAUUUUUAUAUAAAGCAAAAAGUACAUAAACGCUAAGCGCAUAAAUGUGCACACAGCAGCUAAACAAAUAAUUGAGUCGAGUGCUUCUAUUGCAACAGCGGACUGGAUCACAAAGAGAGUGGAAAGAAGAUUAACAAUUUAACUUGUACGCGAUAACACAAAUCCAUAAACGCCGCCAUGGAUGUGGAGGAGAACUACGAAUCACAAAGCGCCACAGAGACUCCGUCACAACAGCAGGGACAGCAGCAGCAGGGGCAGCAGGAACAACAACAGCAACAGCGACAGCAGGGGCAGCAGGAACAACAACAGCAACAGCGACAGCAGCAGCAGCUGCAGCAGCAGGAACAACAGCAACAACUGCAGCAGCAGUUGCAACAAUUGCAAGAUAUGCAAUGUGAACCACUGUUUGGCAUUACCACAAAUACGACAACAACCACAAAUCCAAUGAUGGACACAAGCAACAUUGCGAUACCAUUGCCAGCGCCGCCUGGGACAGGCCUUGUUGUUUCAACAGCAACAACACCUCUACCGCUACCAACACCCGCACAAGCAGCGCAAAUCAAAGGUCUCGGCGUACCGGUGACUUUGCCAACAAAUGACUAUGAUAUUGACUCGCUGCUGCUGCAGCAAUUCAGUUGCAUGGGCACCACAGACCAUGAGGAUCUCAUAAGUCAGUUCCAGAGCCUCAUGAAUAAUCAAAUGAAUCGCGAGUCCGCUCGUUUCUAUCUAGAAAUGAGCAACUGGAACUUGCAAACUGCCGUCGGUUGCUAUUUGGACUUUUGUAGCCUGCAAUCAUUGCCUUCUAUGAAAAUUGUGCAGGGCCAGCAUGUAAAUGCACAACAACAGGCAUUUCAGCUGCAAAACGAUGGCAACGAGCGCUGGCCCAAUGGCUGUUAUUUAACAUCGCCCAUACAGACGCAACGCAUCAAUGUGCCGUCCCUGCGUCCCGGCGAAACUUGUGAUAUAUUGGCUGAUCUAAUACCCACACAGCCGGCCAUUAUGUGGCGCCUCUGCACGCCCAACGGUUGGUACUUUGGCGAUGCCAUUUGGAUGAUACCGCCCGGCACUCAGGCUAGCCAGGAUGAGCUACAGCAACGUAUGGUGCAGCUGAUCACCUCGGAAGCGAAGCCAGAGGUUUAUCCACAGAUCAAAAUAGUGAUAACCGCGCAUACACAAUGAGACAGCGCUCACGUUUUAUUUUAAAACAAAUUUCAAUGUUCACAUUUAGCUGCAAAAUUUGCACAUCUUUCACAUAUUUUUUAAAAUUCUUUACAAAUUGUGCAUAUUUCCACUUUCAAUUCGAAUUCGAGGUAAAAACAAAUCGGAAUAUUUUUCUCUAUAUUAUUUUUUUUUAAAUUUUUUAUCGAAGCAUUUCAAUUCGAUUAGCAAUGAACUCAUACAAAUUCUCAUUUGUAAUUCUAGUAACUUAAAAAAUUAUGUGCGCGAUAUGGUUCUAUGUAUAAGCGAAAUGGUUUUCUUUUUCCUUUUUGUCAAAACCAAUCCUGUAACAAAUGUAGUUUUAAGUGUUUUAUUGAGCGAAAGAAAGAGGAAAGAAGAAAUUUGGUUC